GAUGAACUCAGAGCAACGACAGAAACUUGCCAAGGAGCGGAGGGAGGAAAGAGCCAAAUAUAUCGAACAACAAACUCAGCUGCAAGCUGCUAAGAAGGCCCAGUGGCUGGAGAAGGAGGAGAAGGCCCGACGUCUGAGGGAGAGCCAGCUGGAGGAUCGCAGGAGGAAGCUGGAGGAGCAGAGGCUGAAGACUGAGAAACGCCGAGCCCUGCUGGAGGAGAAACAGAGACAGAAACUAGAGAAGAACAAGGAGAGAUACGAGUCUGCUAUCAAGCGGUCGACAAAGAAGACGUGGGCAGAGAUCCGGCAGCAGAGGUGGUCCUGGGCGGGCGGACUCAACCAAACCUCCCGCAGAGAAAGCAGAUGCUCGGCCUCCACGGUCAACUUGCCGAGACAGGUGGACCCUGUCAUUAACAACAGGCUGUCCAAGUCCUCUGCCACGCUCUGGAACUCCCCCAACAGAAGUAAGGACGACCCGACGUCAAUGUCCAACCAGGCUCCCUCCACCCUUCCCUUUCCCUUCCUCUUCAUCCCCCACCUCCUCCUCCUCCUCCUCUAAUCUGGUUUUUGAUUUUUCUUCUUGAUUUAUUAUAACUGUCGUCUCUGGUGGCCUGCCUGCCUGCCUGUGCUUGGUGACUUGGUCAUUUACCACCUACUCCCUCCUCUUAUCACGCUCUGGGUCUCGUAUGCAUCGUGUUUUUUAUUUUUAUUUUUUUAUUUCAGUUGGUGGUGUUCAUUGAUUUGAGUGUCCUCUGCAUUUUGAUCAGCCUCCUCUCACAUCGACCUCACUGUGUCACUAUCUGUGGUAUAUUUUGUUUUUUUUGGGGUCAUGGAUUUGUUUGGGGUUCACAUUUUGUCAUCACACCUCCUUUUUCAGUUCGUCCCCCCUCCACUGUACUUGUUGGUGUGAUGGUGGUGGUAUCGGUGGUGGAUAUAAACGUGUCAUUGUUACAAAUGAAAUUACAACAACAUGUUAUUCCUAUAUUUAGGUAAAUGUGUUGGCGAGCCCUGUUUCCAUGGUGAUACAGCCUCCCGUGCUUGGUCAGAUAUUUAUAGCAGUGCAUUGGUGUUAUCUUAACCAAACUCACCACGUCCUCUUUCUACAUAAGAACAGGAGGCGUCAAUGAUGUUCUCAUAUUUUCUCCUUACAUGCUCAAUGUUUUUGCUUUUUUUUUUUUUUUUAACAAAACUUUAAAAUGAUAGUUUUACGCAAAGCAACAUAUGGUUUAAACAGCAACGUGUUUCUCGUCACAGCAGCAUUACGUUUUAUUCAAAGUUUAAAUGAUGUCAACACUAAACCUCAGCAAAAAAUAUGAACACAACAUACACAGUUGUUGGAGUAUAAUCCUCGGUUGUCGUUUCCUUCUGUUCUGAACGAGACGCGAGCAUGGCAAAGCAUUUGUUUGCAGAAAUAUGCCGCUUAUAUUAUACUUUAUUAUAACGGAUAUUAUAAGACUAAAGUAGCUCUGUCUUGAUGUCAGAUUGGUCCCGCUUCAUCACCCGCUGUCAUCACAGAUCAUAUCACUCACAGUGCAAUCAGCAGUCUGGCUCUCGGCUUCUGUAACCACCAUAAAGAUCCACAUUUGGCUCUUGAUCAUCGCUAACUCAGAUGCUCCGAUGCUGCAGGAACAGGGAAAGGAUAAAAUCUGGUACUGAAUCACUUUUCUGCAGAGCCGGGCUCAGAUAUCAGAUCUCAUGUUUCUGCCUUUAGGAGACGUUCUGUGAUGCUGUGACGUUUUUUUAAGAUCAGGCAUCAAUCUGCCUUCAGGUGAACGGUCGAUCAGCCGCUCUGCUCGCCCCCUUCUUUUCCUGCCGCAUUGGAGAGAGAGAGAGAGAGAGAGAGAGAGAGAGAGAGAGAGAGAGAGAGAGACGAGGAGGAGGGAAACCUCUGUUUCCUAGCAACAGGAGGUAGUGGCGUUAUCAGUUCGUCAUAAAACGUGUCGUUUCAAAAAUGAUCCGGCCAGCGUUGCAGCAGAGGUGACUUUUAUGUGCUGUUACAUAAGGACAGCCAGAACGAGAAGCCGUUUUGUGUCGGUCUCUGCGGCUCUGUUUAGAGUGUAUUUGUGUGUAGGUUUGUCAUCAUGUAUACCUUUGUGUAUGUCAGCAACACUACAAUGAAGCAUUGAAACGACGCAGUACUCGUAAUCAACCAUCACUAAAGAAAACAUUUUGUUGUUGACGUUUUUGAUUGAAGAGAUCAAAAAUACACACUCACUGUCGUGUUUGAAAUGGUGUGUCCAUCUGUGUGUUUUUAUCUCCUGUGUAGUUGCAUUUUUAAGGAAAAGGAUGGAAAAAAUUGAAUUCCAAAACCUGCAUGGUCACAUUAAAUGUAUGCAGAAUUUUUAAUUUGAGAUAAAAUUGAUUUAGCUUUCCUGAUGAGAGUUCGGUUACAAGAUGCAUCUCUAAAGUCUGUGCCUUAAAUAUGAAGCUACAGCCAACAGAUUGUUAGCCUAGCAUAAAAAGACUGAAAACAGAUGGAAUCAGCUAGCAUGGACGAAUCUGCCGAAGCAGAAUUUGUGGUAAAAAAAAGUGAAAUAUUAACUCUGAAUUAUAGAUUUCAAGAAGAGAAAGAUGGAAAUAUUAAAGCAAUGUAAGUUUCCAGCAUUUUCUGCAGGUCUGAAGUUUUGAAUUAUUGAAGAGAAACGCUUCAAACGUUUGUUUCAUUCAGUCAGCGUUGAAGGUUGAAGAAGUUUGGUCUCUUUUAUAAAAUAUUCUGUGUGAAGAGUUUUUAGAUCGAAGCUCUCACCCUGAAUGAUUCAUCUGUCACUACUCCUUUUUUUUUUUUUACUGCGGCUAAAAAGAUUCCCUCACAUGCAUCCAAAGUUUCUCACAGAUACUUUCAGACUGAUUUGAUUCAGCUAGAAUCAAAGAUGGAAACAACCUGUGACAUCAGGUUUGAUUUCCUCAUGAGAGAGUGAGUCUCCAUCGGUCAUCUCAAUGCACUUAGUUCAUACAUUCUGCUGUUGUUCGAUGUCAUAUGAGCUGAACUUUCAUCACGUUGCUCUUACAGUUUAUCAUCAGGACGUUUGAAGGUCAGACGAGUGUGUUGCUUUAAGAAUAAAUCGGACUAAUGAAAACACCCGGCCUGUGCACUGCUUUGAGUUUGAGUGAGGCCAAAUUUAAAAAAAAAAAACAACAACUUGGUUUUGUGAUGAUUCAAAUUAACUUGGACUCGCUCCUCUGUGUGUCUUUAUCUAAAGGCUGCAAAACAACAUGUUGCCUCUUGCUUUUUUUUUUUUAACUUCUGGCAUUUUGAUCGACUAAA